CAGAGCCACUGGGGUUUUGGGGUGGGGGAGGCAGUGGCUCCCAUGCCCUUCAUUGAUCCAGGGUGCAGGGAGGGUUUGGGAUCGGGCCUGAUCCUGCCAGGUCAUGGGUGUCUCUCAGUCUGGUGGGCACGAUGUUCACCGGAGCAGGGCUGAGUGGGCUCUGGCCCCCCGUGACCUUGUGGGGAGCCAGGAGGACGCAGCCCGGUGGCUCCGGAGCCCAUCCUGCCCUGUGGCUUUUUUUUUUCCCUUCCCUUUGCUGUAGUUCAGGUUUGGGUGGAGAUUUGGGGUUGGGUUGGUGCAGGAGGCCCCGGCCCCUCUCAUCAUCCCCCACGUACUGAUCUGGGGCUGCUGGCAUGGAGGCAUGACCCUGCAGCACCAUCCCCAUCAGGAGAUGUGCUCAAACCCUUCCUCCUCCUCCUCCUCCUCUGGCUCUCCCCGGGGCUCUGCCAUGUCCCUCCGGCAGCAGCGCCAUGAGCUGGUGUCCUGCACCGGCGGGGAGGGCGAGCAGAGCGUGUGCCCGGACCAGGAACGUGCCGGACUCUGUGUCUGCAUUGGGCGGCCGGUGGCAGCUGAUCCGGUGGCUGCCGUCCCACUCCAGUUCUUGGCCCCUGCAGGGACAAAACCCCUUCGACCUGGAGUUUGACCAGUCCAACCACCUGGAGCCCGUCUUCAACUUCGAGUGCCCGCCCCGUCCUGACAUGCCUUCAAGCCAACCCAUCGAUAUCCCCGAUGCCAAGAAAAGGAACAAGAAGAAGAAGCGCUGCAGAGCCACCGACAGCUUCUCCGGCAGGUUUGAAGAUGUUUACCAGCUGCAGGAGGAGGUGCUGGGAGAAGGGGCCCACGCCAGAGUCCAGUCCUGUGUUAACCUCAUCACCAACAAGGAGUACGCGGUGAAGGUAAAGCUCUGCCGCGGACCCGCCUCCCUCCCACCCCCUGCCUCAGUUUCCCUUUCCGCCCUCCACGUCCCGGGCUCUCCCAGCUCCCGUGGUGCUGGCCCAGGACGAUGGGUCCGUGGGCUGGAGGGGGAAGGAGAGGGGCAGGAGCGCGGCAGGGCCAAGAUGAGAGGAGGUUCCAUCCUGACCCACAUCCACCGGAGACGCCACUUCAACGAGCUGGAGGCCAGCGUGGUGGUGCGGGAUAUCGCCAGCGCCCUGCACUUCUUGCACAACAAAGGUGACCUGGCUCAGCCCCCUUCAUUUCUUCCCCCCCCCCACCAGAACAUGCUCUUCGAGAGCAUCCAGGAGGGGAAGUACGAGUUCCCCGACAAGGACUGGGCGCACAUCUCCUUCGGAGCCAAAGACCUCAUUUCCAAGCUGCUGGUGAGAGAUGCCAAGAAGCGGCUCAGCGCGGCCCAGGUCCUGGAGCACCCCUGGGUGCAGGGGGUGAGUCCUGCCCUCCCCCUCCCCUCCCAAAAAGCCACUGUUGUUGGGGGACACUGCUCACCC